GCGGGGCCCGGCGGUGGCGGGGGGACCGGGGGCGCGUCGCUGCUCCAUGACAGUCCCGUCUUGCGGGAAAUAUGAUCAGCGCCCCUGACGUGGUGGCCUUCACCAGGGAGGAGGAGCUGGAGGAUGAUCUGUACCGCGAGCCGCCCCUGCCCGAGGAGUACUCGGUGCCGCUGUUCCCCUUCUCCGGCCAGGGCGCCAACCCCUGGGCCAAGGUCGCCGGCUCCAAGUUCACCCGGGACUUCAUCCUCAUCUCCGAGUUCUCGGAGCAAGUGGGGCCCCAGCCCCUCCUGACCAUCCCCGAUGACGCCAAAGUGUCGGGCACCUUCGAUCUCAAUUACUUUUCCCUGCGGAUCAUGUCUGUGGACUACCAGGCAUCCUUCGUGGGGCACCCUCCCGGCUCUGCCUACCCGAAGCUGAACUUUGUGGAGGAUUCCAAGGUGGUGCUGGGGGACUCCAAGGAAGGGGCCUUUGCCUACGUGCACCACUUGACCCUGUAUGACCUGGAAGCCAGGGGCUUUGUGAGGCCCUUCUGCAUGGCCUACAUUUCUGCUGACGAGCACAAAAUCAUGCAGCAGUUUCAGGAACUUUCCACCGAGUUCUCCAAAGCCUCCGAAUGCCUGAAGACGGGGAACCGGAAAGCGUUUGCCAACGAGCUGGAAAAGAAACUGAAAGACCUUGACUACACCAGGACCGUCCUGCACAACGAGACUGAGCAGCAGAAGAAAGCCAACGACAAGGGGUACUACACAACCCAGGCCAUUGAGAAGGCCAACGAGCUGGCCAGUGUGGAAAAGUCAAUCAUAGAGCACCAAGACCUGCUGAGGCAAAUCCGGUCGUAUCCCUACAGGAAGCUGAAGGACUCUGAAUUCCACCCCUACGAGCCAGAGUGUGCCCUGGACCGGGCUGAUGCGGGCAGCCAUGAUCAGGACCCGACUGCCUCUGAGCCUGGUGAGACUCACCUUUACACCCACGUGCCAUCCUACACCCCCAAACUCAUCAAAGCCAAGUCUGCCAAGUGCUUUGACAAGAAGCUGAAGACGCUGGAGGAGCUCUGUGAUGUUUAUUUUUUCACCCAGACCCUUGACCAGUUGCACCAUAUCGAGAGGACUUUUCGAGGGGAUGUUUGUUACCUCCUGACAGAGCAGAUCAGCCGGGCUCUCCUCAAGCAGCAGAGUGUCACCAACUUCCUCUUUGAGGAUGUGUCUUUCCUGGAUGGAAAACCUCCUGAAAAACAGUACAGAGGCUGCCAGGGGCUCGGCCAAGAUGCCAUGGAUGAAAAGUGUUUGGAAGAGUCCCUUGCUCCCAAAGUGGUCAUAAGCCUGGGCUCCUACAAAUCCAGUGUGGAGUGUGUGCCCAUCAAGAUGGAGCAGGAGAUGGAGGACUCUGAAGAACCCAAGAUGUCUGAGUCGGUGAUGUCUGAGCAGCAGGAGAACCUGGACUAUCUGGAUGCAGAUAUCAAAGGCAGCAUCAGCAGCGGGGAGAGCAUUGAGGUGCUGGGCACGGAGAAGUCGGGCUCUGGGCUGCCCAAGUCGGAGAGCCAGGCCAGCCUGCCCGCUAUGGCCAGCCCCCAGGCCGGCCGCAGCAAGGUGGGCAGCCGGCGCACAGUCAGCGAGGACAGCAUCGAGGUGCUCAGCACGUGUCCCUCCGAGGCCCUCAUCCCAGAGGACUUCAAAGCCAGCUACCCAAGUGCCAUUAACGAGGAGCCCUACGCGGAUGAUGACGAGGGAGGCCUUCGCUUCACCCCCAGAGCCAUCCCGGGCGCGCACGACGGGCAGGACGACAUCUCCAAGCAGGAGAGCUUAGUGCAGGUGGAUGCUGCCUGUUGUAUCGGGAAGGAGAGCCCCAGUUUCCUGGAGCCGCUGGCCGAGCAGCUGGGGCGGAGGCCGUGCGAGGAGGACGGCGUGGUGCGGAUCCCGCCGCAGCCCUACCGGGGCCCGGCCGAGCAGGGGCUGCGCGGGGGCUUCCCCUCCCACCAGGCCCUCUCGGGGGGGCUCCUGCCCUACGAGCCCGACUCGCGCCGCCUGACGGGCAGCAGGGAGGUGAGUAAGAGCAGCCUGGACGAGUGCUCGGACUCCACCAGCCUCAUCAGCAGCGCCGCCUCCACGUGCUCCGACAGGACCCCGUCCCCGGCGCAGCCGGCGUGUGCGGCGGCCGCGGACAGGCACAGGAAGAGGGCCGGGCAGAACGCGCUGCGCUUCAUCCGCCAGUACCCCUUUGCCCACCCCGCCAUCUACUCCCUGCUCAGCGGCAGGACCCUGGUGGUGCUGGGAGAGGACGAGGCCAUGGUCAAGAGGCUGGUGACGGCGCUCUCCAUCUUCGUGCCCAGCUGCGGUGGGUACGCCAAGCCCGUGAAGCACUGGGUCACCUCCGCUCUGCACCUGGUGGAUUUCCAGAAGUGGAAGUUGAUUGGACUGCAGAGGGCAGUGUCCCCUGGCGGGGUGAACGUGCUGCACGCCCUGAGCCGCUACAGCCGCUACCUGAGCAUCCUGGACGCCGACAGCAAGACCCUGCGGUGCCCCCUGUACAAGGGCAGCGUGGUGGCCAGGCUGGCCGACCACCGCACCCAGAUCAAGCGGGGCAGCACCUACUACAUGCACGUGCAGAGCAUCCUCACCCAGCUGUGCUCCAAAGCCUUCCUCUUCACCUUCUGCCACCAUUUGCACCUCCCCAUCAGCGAAAGGGAACCGGAGGAAUCCGUCGUGAGUCGCAGGAUGAACUUCCUAAAGCUUCAGCUGGGCCUUGCCAACGAGGAUGUCAAAAUCGUGCAGUACUUGGCCGAGCUGCUGAAGCUGCACUACAUUCAGGAACCGGGGCAGGGGGGGAACCCCCUGCUCAGAUUUGACUAUGUGCCCAGCUUUUUGUACAAAAUCUAGCCUUGCACAGGCCCUGUGCCCGCGUGCAGGGUCUGACAGAGCUCAUCCGUGCUUGGCAUUGCUGUCUGCAGCAGCUCUCACACGUGGGGAAGGGGCCCAGCUGUUGGUGUCUGCUCCACAGAAAUCUGGGGCUGUGGGUGUGUAUUUCUGGGUGUUCCCUGUAGCCAAAAGCAUAGGUGUUCCAUCACAUAAACCAUCAGGCACUCUGUAAAUGUUAGAAGGGGCACUGUUAAAGUGGAUCACAGCAGCAUCCUGGGGGUUACGGCAUGAGGGGAGGUGAUCUCGGGGAUCAGUACUGACCAGUGUGCAGCCCCCCACAUAGCACAGUGCACGCUUCUGCCAGAACCCUGAGCACUGUCAGUCCCUUCAUGGAGCCAGGGCUGUGACCAGAGGUGUAAAGGCCAUGUGAAGUUUUGUAUCCACCAAUGUGACUGUCAUGGGAGUGAUGCUCAGAUCCCCCUGGCAGGGCAGCAGCUCACAGCUCUGUGCACAGCCACAGUGGGUGCUGUCCCUUCCUGCACUGAGUUUCUGGGCACUUCCCAGGAUAGGCUGUCCCUGGGCGAGUGGGGGCACAGUGGAGGCACACCUGCUUCUCUCCAGAAAGGCUUUCCCAGCGUGGUUCAAAUCAGGAAGGUGGGAGCAGUUCCUAAGGCUGGUGAGCCCCGAGGCGCCGGCCGCUGCGAAUGUAGAGCACUGUGCCUUGUUCAUUUGUCCCACCCCAUCUGCUGGGUGUGCAGGGAGCCUGGGCAUCAUCCUCAGGCUGCAGGGAGCCUGGGCAUCAUCUUCAGGCUGCAGGGAGCCUGGGCAUCCUCCUCAGGCUGCAGGGAGCCUUGGGAUCAUCCUCAGGCUGCAGGGGGACUGUGCAUCCUUAGGGACACUGGGAAUGCUCGGAGCAUGUGAGGUCGGGGGUGGCUUUUUAAAGGUUUAAAGGCAGAAGGGAACUGAAGGAGGGUGAGGGCCCUGCUUUUAGGUGCUUUUUGUGGUGGAGGAAUGAUGUGAUUCAGCUGGAGCCACGCUGUGAGACAGCAGGCUGUUAGCACAGGCUGGUGAGGUGCAAGUGCUCAGGAGAGAUCGGGGAUGAAUGUACUGGAUUCUGUGUUUUAUCCAUAAUAGUUUAUUUUAUUUUACUUAAUUUUAUUUUGUUGGGUGAGUUGGCAUUUGUGCUUUGUGGUAAAACAGAGCUGGCAUUGCUGCCUGCUGCUCCUGGCUGAGCCAUUGUCAUGUCCUGACUACCUCUCCCAGGGCUCCUGGGUGGCUCUGGAUGGGGCAGAACUGCUGCUCCCUGAGCCUGGGCACUGAGAACUUUUCCUUUCAAAGUUUCUGUGCCAUAAAGGAGGUGCCAACAACGUGGUGACACUCCCAGGUGGUUCCUGUCAGUGCCCAAAGCUUUGUGCCCAGGCACAGCACUUCCCUCUGGAGUCUCAUGGGUGAUCCUGGGCUGCUCUGCCCAGUGCCAUGGGCAGCAGCAGCUCCCAAGGUACUUCCAAGUAAGAAAAGUCUUUCUAGGAAAGCUAAUCUUGGUUUUAAUUCUUUUUAAUGCUGAUUAUGGGGUGAGAGCAGCUGACAUCAUACAAGAGCUGAUCUGUUCUUUGGUUUGUUGUUUUAUUUUUAAACUUCUGUUUAUGGUGAUAAUGUGAGGCAGCUUUGGAGGUGAAUGUGAUCUUCCUUCUGAGCCUGGGAGGUUUCUGUGUACAGCCUGGGGUUCCCCAGCGUGGCUUAGACCCCACUGGGACUUGCUGUGAGACCUGCACUCCUCCAAAGCCCUGUCUGGAGGCAGGGAGGCUCCUUGGGGAGGCUGUCAUUUUGCACCAGCAUCAGUGCCUCAGCAUUGUGCCACCUCCUCCUCCUCUCCCCUGGAAAGGCUCUCUGGGGUACAAACCAACAGGGCAGAAAGGUGGUUUUAAGGUUAUUGCUGUUUGUGGUGGCUCAGCCAAGUUGGCCUCGUGGUUCUGUCCAGAGGGAUUUCCAGGGUCAGGGGUUGUUGUGAUGGUGUUUUGAGGUUGUGGCUGGAAGCAGGGUGGUGUGGCCUUUGCUGAAGGUGAGCUUCUCACCUUUAUAGCAUGUUCAAAGCCUUCUCCUGUCCUGCCUGUGCCCUCCUGUCUCAUGUGAGCUGAGUCUGCUGGUGAAAGGCUCUGUGUCCAUCCAAUUUUCUGCUUCCUGAGGUGCCUCAAGGUGCCCCUGAUUGAUUCAUGCACACCCAAACUUCCACACUAAAGCUGAGGUGAGAUUCCCUGGGGGAGGAGGGAGAUGAGUAAUGCAGGUGACGCCGGGCAGAUGAAAGCUCCCAGCAGCCUGCUCUGGAGCAGGGCUCAAACCAGGAGCUUGUUUCCUGCUGGGAAACCACCCAGUGCUGUUUGGGUUUGAGGAGGGAGGGAAGGACAGACAGACAGACUUUUUUCCUGCUGACUCACUCACACGUCUUCCUCCAGCACGGAGUGGGAGGGAUGAUUCGUGGUGGCUCGUUUUAGUCACAGUGGUUUCAACCUGUGGUGUUCAGCCGUGCUCAUAAAUUGAGAAAUAACU